CAAGUUCGCUACAAGAUGACAGAGGAGCAGGAGUCUGGGACAAAGAUGGCCGCGACCUACCCACGGUCGCUUUGCCGUUUUAUUAGUACAGAAGAUACAUAUUUUCUGUCAAAAAAAGAUACUACAUAUUUGUUUUUCCAUAAAAUAUUUUUUAGCCCGUACACACUGGCCAGCACGAAAAGUUUAUUUAUCGAGCCCAGUAACUACGGCCCUCCCAACGGCACCCCGACCGCGCGUCCCAGCCAAGAUCCAAACUUCCCAACGCAUCUUCCUCCUCCUGCCGGCUGCCGCGCCUGGUCAUCGAACAGUCGCCGCCGAACGCCGGGCAUCGAAGUUCGAAGGUUUUUGUUCAAUAAGCAUACUUCCUGGAACAACAUGCCUAAGAUAAAGACGAGCCGUGUGAAGUACCCCGAAGGAUGGGAGCUUAUUGAACCAACUCUCCGUGAUUUGGAAGCCAAAAUGAGAGAAGCCGAGAAUGAUACACAUGAUGGGAAGAGGAAGUGUGAGGCCCUCUGGCCAAUCUUCCGCAUUUCUCAUCAAAAGAGCCGCUACAUAUAUGAUCUCUACUACCGAAGGAAGGAAAUCAAAAAGGAGUUAUAUGAGUUUUGCUUGGACCAAGGUUAUGCAGACAAAAAUCUGAUUGCUAAAUGGAAAAAGCCAGGUUAUGAACGCCUUUGUUGCCUCCGUUGCAUACAAACACGAGACCACAACUUCGCAACCACUUGUGUCUGCCGGGUCCCCAAGCACCUCAGGGAAGAAAAGGUGAUAGAGUGCGUCCAUUGCGGCUGCAAGGGGUGCGCCAGCGGAGACUGAAGUUGGCCAACUCGCGGUUGAGAAUAAUCUGAAACUAAUCGCUCGAGGAUGUUGUUUGAUUUGAUCCCUGGUGAAAACAAGUACCGCAUUACCAGGUGAUCCGUGCAAUUUGUGUAUUGUAAACUCUUGGGUGGGUGGUACGUUUGUAAUGUAAGACCCAGUUCUCCGACGUGGAAGCUCGUAAAACUAUACUGAUAACAUGCUACCCUGAUCUUCCAUAAUGGAUACUGUACUUUGUAUUGUUA